GGUGGCCUUUACAAACCAUAACCAUCCAAGACGAAGAUGCGGCCACUGUGUGUAUCUUCACACUUAACUACCUUGAGAAGUGUCAUAAAAGUACAGCAGAGGCUUGUGUGUACUUCCUGUAUAUGUCAUGUGGUAGAUAAGUCUCCAGACUCACCACCAGAGAGGAAUAAAUACUCGUCGACGGUAUUACUGCCCUCCACAACCUUGCCCUUACGGGUGGAGGGCAUCAAGAGGCUGCACAAUGAACAACACGUGCAGCAGGCAGCAAAUUUUUCCUCACUUUAUGAGUGGCAGAGAAAGCAGAAGAGAGAGCAGGAGUUUGUGUUGCAUGAUGGUCCUCCCUAUGCUAAUGGACGACCUCAUAUUGGUCAUGCUGUUAACAAGAUUCUCAAGGACAUAACUUUACGACAUAAGCUUCUGAGAGGGUAUAAAGUUCAUUAUAUUCCUGGCUGGGACUGCCAUGGUCUCCCCAUUGAACUAAAGGCACUCCAGCAAAAUCGAAAAAAGAAAAACACCAAAGAAAAAUUUAAUGAAAAGGAUUCUCUUCAAAUUAGAGCGGCUGCUAGAAAAUUUGCUGAAGAAGCUGUAAAGAUUCAGCAGGCAGAAUUUGAACGCUGGGGACUCUUAGCCAAUUGGGAUAAUGUCUACCAUACUUUUGAUGCAGAGUAUGUCAAUAAGCAGCUGCACCUCUUCGCUCACCUAUAUGAAGGUGGCAACAUUUAUCAGGACUAUAAGCCGGUGUAUUUUUCCCCCUCUUCGGGAACCUCUUUGGCUGAGGCAGAGCUCGAGUAUAAUCCUCAUCAUUGCAGCCCUUCAAUAUAUGUUGCUUUGCCAGUUAGUAAUCUGCCUCACUUCAUGAAGGAUAAGCUAACAGAAUAUGAGAAUCUAAACACCUAUGUGGCAGUAUGGACUACAACCCCCUGGACUCUUCCUACCAAUGAGGCCAUCUGCUACUCACCAGAUAAACUAUACACAUUGGCAGUGGUUAAGUGUAAUGAGCAGUUAAUUGCUCUUAUUUGGGCAGAAGAGUUAAUACAUGAACUUAAAAAAAUUGUUGGUGAAGACAUUAUUCAACUCUGUUCUUUUGAAGGUUCAGCAAUGUCUUCCUUGAAGUAUCGCCACCCUCUUGCUGAACGACUGUGUCCAUGUGUCCCAGGUAGCCAUGUUACAAUGAAUAAAGGGACAGGACUUGUUCAUACUGCACCUGCACAUGGCCAUGAUGAUUUCAUUGUUGCUCUGGAGCACAAGCUACCGGUGGAGUGUAUUAUAGAUGACAGGGGAUGUUAUCAGGCUGGAGUAAAUCCAAUAUUGGAGGGAAAAAGAGUUUUAGAGGAAGGAAAUGAAGCUGUCAUUCAGUUAUUAUUGGCGACAGGUGGGUCUGGAGGUCCAUCAGUCUUGUUGUCCAGAGAUAACUUCACUCAUUCUUAUCCUUAUGACUGGAGAACAAAGAAACCAGUAAUUAUUAGAGCAUCAAAGCAGUGGUUCAUCAACACUGAGAAUUUAAAAGGGAAAGCUCUGACAGCCCUCAAAGAUGUAUCAGUCCUACCUAGUAGUGUCCAAGCAGGGAUGACUGGCCUUUUGGAGAGACGACCUUAUUGGUGUAUCUCCCGUCAGCGUGUAUGGGGUGUUCCUAUCCCUGUCUUCUAUGAUGCCACAACAUGCCUCCCAGUUGUAUCUAGAUGUAUUGUUGAACAUGUGGCAAAAGUGUUGCUCAAACAUGGAUGUGAUAGUUGGUGGAAACUUGGAGAGGAAGAACUGCUUCCCCCAGAAUUUGUGAAGGAGCUGGAACAGCAAGGCAAACAGCUGCCCCAAAAAGGUAUGGACAUCUUGGAUAUAUGGUUUGACUCAGGAUCAUCAUGGCAUAGUGUCCUGAACAGCCCUUCAGCUGAUUUAUAUCUUGAAGGUGUGGAUCAAUUCAAUGGCUGGUUUCAGUCAUCCCUUCUUACUUCUGUAGCAGUUACAGGAAAAGCUCCUUACAAAUCUCUCUAUGUCCAUGGUUUCACUCUGGAUGAAGCUGGGAAUAAAAUGAGCAAGUCUUUAGGGAAUGUUAUUGACCCGGUUGUUGUCACAGAUGGAGGGAAGAAUCUUCAGAAAGAUCCAGUGUAUGGAGCUGAUGUGUUAAGGUGGUGGGUUGCAAGCCAUUCAACAAACCAUGCUAACAUGACCAUUGGUAAACAAAUCUUAGAUCAAAGCAAAGAGAGUGUUCAGAAAGUACGUGCUGUCCUGAGAUUUCUUCUAGCAUCACUGGGGGAUUAUAAUCCAUGUGAGCACAGCCUUCCUGUAUCUGAUCUUAAGCCUUUGGAUCAGUAUAUGCUACAUUUAUUGUAUGGACAUAUUGAUAAAAUAUGGGAGUACUAUGAGAAUUUCCGCUACCACCGAGUUACUGCAGCAUCAGUUGCCUUCAUAACUACAUAUAUAUCAGGAUUUUAUAUAUCAGUUAUAAAAGACAGACUUUAUUGUGAACCGAGGUUAGGAAACAAACGUAUGUCUGCAUUGUUGGUACUCCAUUAUUUGCUACAUCAUCUGUUACUGUCACUUGCUCCUGUUUUACCACACUUGACUGAGGAAGUUGCUCUGCACCACCACAGUAACAAAGGUUGGCGUGUAUUCCAGCAGGAGACUAAUGGUGCUCCUUCAUCUUGGAGUCAGCCAGAGCUGGCCAGUAACAUUGAACAAUGUUUCACAGUUCGAAAUGAAUUGAAUCAACAUUUAUCAGCUCUUGAUCCUCUCCGGCUGGAUGUUCAGAUUACUGCUGGUGGUAGUACACUUAAAGCUCUCAAGUUGAUGCAGACAAGUACAAAUGCGACAGAAUCUGGGUUAACUGAAAUAUUCCGGGUUUCAAGAGUAAUUUUACUACACGAGAAAGAUGACAGGGAAGGAUUUUCUUUAGAAGUAAAAGAGAGUGCUGGAAACAAGUGCUUAAGGUGUUGGAAAUUUACAGCUGGACAUGGAAAAGACUUGUGUGACCGUUGUAAAGAAGUUAUCUCUGCACCUUGGUAAUAUGAGGAAGCUUUUGACGACAUUUCUUAACUGACUAAUGCAGGUCUUAUGAAUGCACACUUUAAAUUAAUUUUUGUUCAGUUAUGUACAAUAAUUUGACCAUGUAGGUUUACUUCUUUGUGGAUCUUUUAUCACAUGCCUUUUCCUGCCACAAUAGGGUGACAAAGAAACACUUUAUAACACAGCUGUUUUCCACUAGAAGCAUGCUGACAUCCGAGUUCGGAGGGUGUAUAAAUGAGGAGUAGGGAUUUAUCCCAGAAAUGAUUGGAGGGAUGGGGUGGAAAAAAAAAGAAAGUCUUGAGAGUUCUAGGGGUUGAGCAUCCAACAGGCUCGUGUGAACAUGUUAGAUAAGAGUGAAGGGAGACGAUUGGUUUUUAUUGGAAGUGCCUUUGGAGUGUGAACAAGAUAAACUUUGGGGAAAUCGGUUAGCUCAGCUUGAAUCCUGGAGGCAGUGUCUAUAAUUUGAAGGAAUGGGGAUGUUGCAGUUGGAGUGUAAUCUCAUCUGAGAAGUCAGCACACUUCCUGCAAGACAGAUUAAAUGAAUGAUGAAUGUGUUUUUUUUUCUUUGGGUCACCCUGCAUUGGCAGAUGGCCAUCGAGGCCAUCUGUGGCCAUCGGUGGCCUAAGCUCCCGCUUCACACACGGAGGGCCCGGGUUCGAUUCCCGGCGGGUGGAAACAUUCGACACGUUUCCUUACACCUGUUGUCCUGUUCACCUAGCAGCAAAUAGGUACCUGGGUGUUAGUCGACUGGUGUGGGUCGCAUCCUGGGGGACAAGAUUAAGGACCCCAAUGGAAAUAAGUUGCAGUCCUCGAUGAUGCACUGACUUUCUUGGGUUAUCCUGGGUGGCUAACCCUCCGGGGUUAAAAAUCCAAACGAAAUCUUAUCUUAUCUCUUAUCUUAUAUAUAUAUACAUAUACUUUUUUUUUUUUCAACAAGUUGGCCGUCUCCGACCGAGGCAAGGUGACUGAAUGAAUAUAUAUAUAUAUAUUUUUUUUUUUCAACAAGUCGGCCGUCUCCCACCGAGGCAGGGUGACCCAAAAAAGAAAGAAAAUCCCCAAAAAAGAAAAUACUUUCAUCAUCAUUCAACACUUUCACCACACGCACAUUAUCACUGCUUUUGCAGAGGUGCUCAGAAUACAACAGUUUAGAAGCAUAUACAUAUAAAGAUACACAACAUAUCCCUCCAAACUGCCAAUAUACCAAACCCCUCCUUUAAAGUGCAGGCAUUGUACUUCCCAUUUCCAGGACUCAAGUCUGACUAUAUGAAAAUAACCGGUUUCCCUGAAUCCCUUCACUAAAUAUUACCCUGCUCACACUCCAACAGAUCGUCAGGUCCCAAGUAUCAUUCGUCUCCAUUCACUCCUAUCUAACACGCUCAUGCACGCUUGCUGGAUACACACACACACACACACCAGUCUGUUGAAGAGGAGUCUGACAUGUACAGUAUAGAGCUCUUUGUGCCUGUUUCACAUUUGUCCAAAUAGGUUCUCAUAUCAGUAUAAAUUCUGUACAGUAUAUGAUAAAAAAAAAAAAAAAAAAAAGAUAGCAAUGUAAAUAUUAUAUUCAGUGGAGAAAUGCUAAACUCAAAGGAGCAAUACAGCACCUGGGGAAAGGAAGGUACAGUGGAACUUUGGUACUCAAACAAUUUGGUAUUUGAACGCUUCGUUCUGUAAAAAAAAUGCUUGGUAGUCGACUGCUUGGCACACGACCUGCCAGAACUUUGCUGUAAACCGUUUCAUGUUUCUUCACAUUUUUUGGCGUUUUUUUUUAAAUUUGUAUAAACAAGUCACCAUAGGGCCUACAAUGAUUAGUGAUAACAGUCGACCAAAAAGAAAAUUGGUUGGGAAAAAUUCGUUCAAUACUCGAGCAGCCUUCUGGAACGAAUUAAGUUCGAGUACCGAGGUUCCACUGUAAUCAGAUUUGAUCUAAGAAGCAGCUGCAGUUCCUUCGAUGAAGAGCUCUUUAUUGGCAUCAAGGUAACCCUUUCCCUUGAUUUACCACAUUCUUAGUGCUAGGAUUUUCGUAUGACAAUGCUACCUAAUUCUAUGACAGUUUUAUUUGGCAAGGAAAAAAAAAAAACCUGGAUACUUUUUUUAUUGACAGUAAUAUCAGCUGAUUCAUAAAUGUACAUGCAAUACAUCAAAAAAAUACACAAAAAAAUUAACGUGUAAUGCUUCACAAACUUUUUUUUUUUAUAUUUUACCCAUUUUUGGAAAAGAUUUAUUUACUCAUUAUACCAUUAACAGAUCUGAUGCAAUUGUCUGUGGCUCUAUGUUUACAUAAUCACAGUUUUAGUGCUUCCUUUUUUCCAUAAUAAUUCCUUCACGUUGAGCCUAAAAACUCAACAUUUUUUUAAAUCAUUUGGCUGGAAUACAAAUGACCUAAUAUUCACUACAGUAUUAAAUUACAAAUUCUCCUGAUACAGGAUGCAAUGCAGAAACCUUAAUAACUAAAAUAAAGCCAUUUUAAAUUGUAUUCAGCUCCACUAUAUUUUUCAUUUUAGUGUUGGGAACAAUUUGAAGCUUGCAGAUUUUUUACAACUGCAAUCCUAUAUUUCAUGAAAACCUUGAAUUUUUCUUAUAAAGUAACUGCAGUCACUUGUUUCUUGCUAUAGUCAACAAUUUCCAAAACAUUUUUAAUUAUAUUAACAAAAGGAAGAGCAAAAUCUAUGCAAGUCAUUCAUUGCUUCUGUAAAGUAUAAGUUUAUAACCAUUUUUGUCUACACACAUUAUACAUUAAGCUAUAU